AUGGGCAAACUAUACACCAUCAGUCUGGCAACGUUUGCCGCAACCGGCAGCUUUCUGUUCGGUUACGAUUCGGGUGUCAUGACCGACGUGAUUGCUUCGCCGAACUUCCUCGACUACUUUGACACGACCAAGACGUCGUCUAUCAUCGGAGCGAUUAACAGCACGUUUUCUGGUGGAGCGGCUGUUGGCGCCCUCACGGCUGGGCUCACCAUCGAUCGUUUCGGACGUAGAAGAACAAUCCAGAUGGGUGCGCUGUUGGCGACCAUUGGAGCAAUCCUGCAGUGCGCAGCCCAGAAUCUGGCCAUGAUUCUGGUGGGACGUAUUGUCGCGGGCUGGGCCGUGGGCGUUCUGAGUAUGGCAGUCCCUGUGUACCAGGCUGAAUGUGCCCAUCCAAAGACUCGUGGAUUUAUCGUUGGUCUUGCGCAGCAAAUGAUCGGGGUUGGCUUCAUUGUCAGCACAUGGAUCGGCUAUGGCUCGCUUCAUGCCCCCGUCACCAACACGGUGCAAUGGCGCUUUCCACUCGCUUUCCAAGCCCUUCCCGCGUUCAUGCUGUUCAUCGGCAUGUUCUGGCUCCCUGAAUCCCCUCGGCAUCUCAUCGAGAAAGACCAGGACGACGAGGCCAUGCGCAUUCUCAAGCGUCUCCACUACGACGGUGCCAACGACGCAUGGAUCCAGACGGAAUUCACCGAGAUAAAAGCCACUAUCAACGCGGAGCGGGCGAUCACAGCUCCCGGCUGGCUGGUCAUGUUCAAAGUGCCGCAGUGGCGGACUCGGUUGCUGCAAGGAACACUGGUCCAGGUGUUCACCCAGAUGACCGGUAUCAAUGUGAUCAACUACUACCAAAAUAUCAUGUACGAAGCGCUCGGCAUCACCGGGAACCGCGCAACCCUCGUCACCGGCAUCUACAACGUCGUCGGCCCGCUGUCCAACUUCAUCUUCAUCACCUUCUUCCUCGACCGCGUCGGCCGGCGCCGUCCGCUUCUCUUCGGCGCUGUGGGUAUCACCAUCGCGCUGAUCUGUGAAGGCGCCUUGAACUCGCAGAAUCUCGACGGGACCAAGACCGGCUACAGUAUUGGCGGCGUCUUUUUCCUCUUCAGCGUGACGGUCCUCUUCUCCAUGUCCUUUGGCUCGAUCAGCUGGGUGUACAUGUCGGAGGUCAUGCCAAUGCAGAUCCGUGGAAAAGGGGUUGCGUUUGCCACGGGUAUUGGCAAUUGGACGGUUAGUACGCUGUGGAGUCAGGUCUCGCCCAUCGCGUUGGGGAAGAUCGGUUGGAAGUUUUACUUUAUCUUUGCGGCUUGGAAUGUGGUUGUGACGAUUCCUACGAUCUUCAUCUGGUUCAAGGAGACCAAGCAGAAGUCCUUGGAGGAGAUUGAUCUCCUCUUUGGUGGGAGGGCGUUGGGAGUCUUGGAUGAUGAACUCAAUCCGAAGGCCUUGGAUAUGGAGUCGACAGCGGCCGCUACGCAGAUUGAGCGAGCUGAUGUUUGA